AUGGAAAUAGGUAGUGACAAAACGGGAUAUUAUGAUUUAAAAUCAUGGAUCAAUAAAAAUCAUCCAACUAAAAUUUACGAAUUUAAUAGAAAUGCUAAAACUAAUGAAUCAUUAAAUUUAGAAGAUUGUAUAAAAUUUUUCUAUGAUGCUUUUGAUGAAGUUAAAGAAGUAAAUGGUUCAGGAAAAUUAUGGAAUGAUCCCCUUCAUUCAAAAUCAAUACAAGAGUUUAAUGCUGAGGUUGCUAAAAAAGAGUUGAAGUGGAUAGAAGAAGUAAAUAAAAAAUCAAAAAUAAGUGAAGAUUUUUUAAAAUUAAUAACUGAAAAAGUAAUCCUUGAAAAAGAGUUUAUUCGUGCUGCAAAAAUAGGUGAUGUUCCACUAAGUCUAAUUUAG